GCCUCUCUGAUUGACUGUUUCCAAGGAGACCGCUGACACCGCCGAGAACUGGGAUAAGGCUCCGUACUCUAGGAAGACACCAUCAGAAUGUCGUUUUUGUUUGACUGGAUCUACAGAGGGAUUAGCAGUGUUUUACAGUUUUUAGGUUUGUACAGAAAGACAGGCAAGCUGGUUUUCUUGGGUCUAGAUAAUGCUGGUAAAACAACACUCCUGCACAUGUUGAAAGAUGACAGACUUGGACAGCACGUACCAACACUUCAUCCAACCUCGGAGGAGCUGACAAUUGGUGGGAUGACAUUUACGACAUUUGAUUUGGGAGGACAUGUACAAGCUCGCAGAGUUUGGAAGAACUACCUGCCAGCUGUGAAUGGCAUUGUCUUUCUUGUCGACGCCGCUGAUCAUGAAAGACUUGCAGAAUCAAAGACUGAGCUUGAUGCUCUGCUUUCAGAUGAACCCAUAGCCAGCGUCCCGGUGUUGGUGCUGGGGAAUAAAAUCGACCGUCCGGAGGCCAUCAGCGAAGGAGCGCUGAGAGGAGCUUUUUGUCUCGAUGGUCAGGUCACAGGAAAGGGAAACAUUUCUGUGAAAGAGCAGAACGUUCGCCCGCUGGAGAUUUUCAUGUGCAGCGUUUUGAAGAAACAAGGCUACGGGGAAGGCUUUAGAUGGCUGUCGCAGUACAUCGACUGACACAAAGGAAAAAUCAGAGAGGAUCUAACCGACACGUUCACAUGAAACUCCACGAAGACUACCAAGAAGCGACAGUUGUAAUCAUGUUUGAAUCAUAUUUUCACAUUUGAAAACACUAUCUUUCAUCAUUUAAAUUUCUCUAUGCAAACAAAGAACUGGUUUAUUAAUGUGAGAAAGCAUGUUUAGUACCUAAUUAUAAUAUAUGAAGAACCGGA